AUGGCCUGCUUAAAGGAGUGCAAAGAGGGAAAAUUGGAAGGAGAUCCAGAGGAGUUCACUCUUGAUGGGAGUGUUGAUUGGCAUUGCUGCCCCGCAAUCAUAGCCAAAUCUGGGACGUGGGUUGCUGGAAACAUCAUACUUUGGAACCAAGGUCUGGCAACUUUAGCAUUCUUUGGAAUUGGGGUGAACCUAGUGCUCUUCCUUGCAAGAGUGAUGGGACAAGAUAAUGCCGAUGCUGCUAACAAUGUAAGCAGUUGGAUUGGCACAGCUUACCUCUUCUCUCUUGUGGGCGCUUUCCUUAGUGAUUCUUAUUGGGGAAGAUACAAAACUUGUGCCAUCUUCCAGACCAUCUUUGUAAUAGGUCUUGUAUCCUUGUCGCUUUUAUUAGAUCUCUUCUUGAUUGCACCUAAAGGUUGUGGGAAUGAAUCAAUUCCAUGCGGGAAACAUUCAAUCUUGGAAAUGGGGAUAUUCUAUCUCUCAAUCUAUCUUAUUGCCUUAGGGAAUGGAGGGUAUCAGCCAAUUAUUGCAACAUUUGGUGCAGACCAGUUUGAUGAAGAGCACUCAAAGGAGGGUUACUCAAAAGUGGCCUUCUUUAGCUACUUCAACCUGGCUUUCAACCUUGGUCAACUCUUUUCAAACACUAUUCUGGUCUAUGUUGAAGAUAAAGGAAAGUGGGCACUUGGGUUCUGGGUGUCUGCAGGCUCAGCCUUUGCUGCCCUUAUCUUAUUCCUAGUUGGGACCCCCAGGUAUAGACACUUCAAACCCAGUGGGAGUCCUCUUUCAAGAAUCUGCCAAGUCCUUGUUGCUGCAUUAUGGAAAUGGAGAGCUGAAAUGCCAUCUCACAGAGGGGACUUAUAUCUCAUGGAUGAAAAUGAAUCUUCCACCAAUGGCAACAGGAAGGUUCUCAAAACCCAGGGGUUCAAGUUUUUGGAUAAGGCAGCAUUUAUAUCUUCUAGAGAUCUAGAGGACCAGGAAUUAGGCCACUAUAACCCCUGGCAUAUCUGCCCUAUAACUCAAGUUGAAGAAGUGAAGUGUGUACUGAGACUUCUCCCAAUUUGGCUCUGCACCAUAAUGUACUCAAUGGUGUAUGCACAAUCAGCUUCCAUUUUUGUGGAGCAAGGUGCUGCCAUGAAAACUAGAUUUUCCCAUUUCAGAAUACCACCAGCUAGCAUGUCUAGUUUUGAUAUCUUCAGCGUAGCUAUCUUCAUUUUCUUAUACCGUCGAGUGCUUAAUCCACUAACCGAGCUUGAAAGAAUGGGAAUAGGGCUUGUCACAGCUGUGAUGGCAAUGGUUUCAGCAGGAAUAGUUGAAUGCUAUAGGCUCAAGUAUGCAAAACCAGGAUGCUCCCUCUGCAGUGGCACAAGUUCUCUAAGCAUCUUAUGGCAAAUUCCUCAGUAUGCACUUGUAGGAGCUUCCGAGGUUUUUAUGUAUGUUGGCCAGUUAGAGUUUUUCAAUGCUCAAAUACCAGGUAGCUUAAAAAGCUUUGGAAGUGCACUUUGCAUGGCAUCAAUCUCCCUUGGAAACUAUUUGAGCACCUUACUUGUUAGUUUGGUUAUGAAGAUCUCCACUAAGGAUCACAUGCCAGGGUGGAUCCCUGGAAACCUUAAUAAAGGUCACUUAGAUAGGCUAUACUUCCUCUUAGCUUGUUUGACAGCAAUAGACUUGACCAUUUAUAUUGCUUGUGCAAAGUGGUUCAAAAGUAUACAACAUACACAAGAGAAGGAUGAGCCUUAA